AUGACUCUGUUCAAGUUCCCUUCUUCCAAAUGCUUCCAACGGUUCCCUUUCCUCUCUGCCCUUUACCUCUGCUCCUUGCUCACCUUACCCUGCCGCAGCUUGGAUCAAGUGACCACGGCAACGAAUAUGAGUGAAGCACUGAGGCUCUUUGCUCUUUCCAAAAUGAGGGGUUCGAGAUUUUGCGCCACUCAACACUUCAACUGUAGCACAGUCCGUUGCCGUCGCGGGAAAGCGGAAGCGAUCGAGGCCAGGCAAAGCGCAACGAAAAGCACGCCAAAGCGAACAGAUGUCCGGCGCGGGCUCAUGCACGGCGGACCGUCAUCUUGGGAAGCAGGGCUAGAACUCACAUGA